AUGGAUAUUGUUUUGAAUAUUUAUGAUCAUUGGCUCUUAACACCAUAUGUAUAUCCAAAAACUGGUUGGCCUGAAAAUAAUCCUAUUCGACAAUUAAUUUCCUUAACUCUAUUAGUUAAUAUUCAUGGAGUACUCUUAUAUUUUUUAUUAGCUAGUUUUAGUUAUUUUUUUCUAUUUGAUAAACAACUAAUGAAACAUUCAUUAUUUCUUAAAAAUCAAAUUCAACAAGAAAUUAAAGUUACACUUAAAAAUAUUCCAUUGAUGAGUUUACCAACAAUUAUUAUAUUUAUGUUUGAAAUUCAUGGUUAUUCAAAAUUAUACGAUAGUACAGAACGUUCUUAUAAUCUAAUUCAAUUUUUAAAAGAAUUUAUAACUUUUCUUUUUUUUACUGAUAUGUUUAUUUAUUUUAUUCAUCGUAGUUUACAUCAUCGUUUAUUAUAUAAACAUUUACAUAAAUUACAUCAUCAAUGGAUUAUACCAACACCUUUUGCAAGUCAUGCAUUUCAAUGGUUUGAUGGUUUUCUUCAAAGUUCACCAUAUCAUUUAUAUGUUUUCUUGUUUCCAUUACAUAAAUUAUCUUAUUUAGGAUUUUUUAUAUUUGUUAAUAUUUGGACAGUUAGUAUUCAUGAUGGAAAUUAUUCAGUACCAAAAUAUCUUCGACCAAUUAUAAAUGGUGCUGCACAUCAUAAUGACCAUCAUCAAUAUUAUAACUGUAAUUAUGGACAAUUUUUUACUUUCUGGGAUCGUUUAAUGAAUACAUUUCAUUUACCAUUUGUUUAUUCGAAAAAAAGAAAAAACGAAAAAUAUUGA